CGCCACAAAUUUCUCCGCCGUUCCCACUCCCUCUUCUCUCUUAUUAAUCCAAUUAUCCAAUUCGCAUAAUUAAUUUCACACUCUAUCCAAUCAAUUUCCGUUCUUUUCUCCGAUUUUCCUUCGCCAUUAGAUCCGAUCCUAAAUCCUAAUCCUCUCCUCCUCCCUAGCUUCCAGGCUAAUUCGUCUCCUUUAAUACCUUCGCCGAUCGCCGGAUUGGGAGAUCCCCAGUUGAUUCUUUUCACCCGAUUCCUUUUUUCUUUCUUCUGGGUUUCUGAAAGUUUCGUUUUUUUUCCCUUCUUCCGCGGGUUUACGUUUUCAAAAGCUUCGGAUUCGGGCUAAAAUGGAGGUUUCGGUGAUCGGCACUUCUCAGGCAACGUUCUGCAGCGGCGGGGAGUUGGCGCCUUGCAGCAGGGAGCUGAGAUUUUGCGUCCCCAAGAGAAACGGCGACGCUCUCUACUUCCUAGAUCGAAAUUCCCGCCGGAGGUGCAGAAACUCCCGGCUGCAGCUCACCCUCACCGCCGCCGCCCAAUCCGAACCCGUCCGGUCCGAUAGCUUUCCCGUUCAGGAGCCCGCCACAACACCCGAUUCCAUUAAUAAAGUAAAGUUAUUCGUUGGGUUGCCGUUGGAUGUGGUCUCUGAUUGCCACAGUGUAAACCAUGCGAGAGCCAUAACGGCGGGUCUCAAAGCUCUGAAAUUGUUAGGGGUAGAAGGUGUGGAGGUUCCGGUAUGGUGGGGGUUGGUGGAGAAGGAAGAAAUGGGGGAGUAUGAAUGGUCAGGGUACCUUGCCGUUGCAGAAAUGGUACAAACAGUAGGGUUGAAGCUUCAUGUCUCGCUCUGUUUCCAUGGCGAAAGACAGCAUAAGGUCUCGCUUCCUCGAUGGGUUUUGAAGAUUGGCGAAUCGAAUCACAGCAUCUUUUAUACUGAUCGAUCAGGGGAAGCUUAUGAAGACUGCUUGUCGUUGGCUGUGGAUGACCUUCCUGUUCUCGAUGGCAGGACCCCUCUUCAAGUUUACAAGGGUUUCUGUGAGAGCUUCAGGUCCACAUUUGCCCAGUUCUUGGGUUCCACUAUAACGGGAGUAACAAUGGGGCUAGGACCAGAUGGCGAGCUUCAAUAUCCAUCUCACCACCAACCUUCCAACAACAACAUCCCUGGAGUUGGAGAGUUCCAAUGCUACGACGAAAACAUGAAGGACCAGCUAAAGCAACACGCAGCUUCCCUCGACAAUCCCUUGUGGGGGUUGGCAGGCCCACACGAUGCCCCGACUUACAACCAGACCCCGGACUCCAGCCCCUUCUUCAACGAACUCUCCGGAUCAUGGCAAUCCCCUUAUGGCGACUUCUUCCUCUCGUGGUACUCCAACCAGCUGCUCUCCCAUGGUGACAGCCUCCUCUCCAUGGCCUCCGAUGUCUUCACAAACACCGGCGUAACAACUCAUGGCAGAGUCCCUCUGAUGCACUCCUGGUUCAAAACCCGGUCCCGUGCACUCGAGAACACUGCUGGGUUCUACAGCACGGACGGGAAAGAUGCAUACGAAGCAUUUGCCGAGAUGUUUGCUCAGAACUCGUGCGGGAUGAUCAUUCCCGGGAUGGACUUGUCGGACGAUGAGCAGCCCGACCAGUCAAUGUCUAGCCCCGAGAUGCUGCUUAAGCAGAUUCAAGCGGCGUGCAAGAAGCAUGGAGUUGGGGUUUCUGGGAUGAACUCCGGUCUUCGUUUGAAUGGGUUUGACCGGAUUAGCAAGAACGUAGUGGGGGAUGAGAAUAACGUGGUUGAUUUGUUUACUUACCAGCGGAUGGGAGCAGAGUUCUUCUCGCCGGAGCAUUUUCCGUCUUUCACCCAGUUUGCCCGGGGGCUGAAUCAGCCUUUUGCUGGGCUGGAUUCGGAUGAUCUUCCGACGGAAGAAACUCUUCCGGUGGAGGCUUCUGUCCCGUCGAAUGCCGAGAUGCAAACGGCCUAAUGGUGAAGAGACUGACGUGCGCUAAAAUAUGUGUAUAUAUAUAUAUACGUUUCUGUUAGGCUGUAAGUUUGGCCGCUGCACCAUUUUGAUAAUUAUUUGUAACCAAUUGUAACAAAUGCGUGUGUUUGAGAGUCAGGAAAUUGAGCAUCAGCAUACUAACUACUAAGGAGCUAUUGAAUGAACUUUGAAAGCAAAUAUAAAAUAAUUUAAGAUCAACUCAAGAUAUCCCAGGAUCAUAAGUAUUGAUCA